AUGGCAACUGCAACCGCGACGACCACUGCCACGGCGUACAAGGUCGAGGAGCUCCUCGCGCUGAGAGAUUCAGUCUCGGAAUCUGCCGUCUCCCUCGAGAAGUUCGGUGACGAGGAUGCGAUCAAGGGUGGGUCCUUCGUCUACUUCACUUCACUACACCUGAACCCCGCGAUGGCGGACUCGGCCAAGAUGGAUCCGUCAAAGUUGCGCAACGGCGCAUCCGAUUUUCUCUAUCGUGCCGCCGCCUCCGCCGAUCCUAUCUUCAAGGACACCAAUGGAUUGCUAAUUUCUCCUUACGAUUUGGUAGAGCACGUUCUUCGCCCUUCUGCAUCUAACAACACCAUCGGCUCGCGCAAAGAGAAUGCAGGCCCGCCUUCGCUGGCGCCAAAUCGUGCUCUUAGCCAGGCUGUGAACGACGCUCGCAGCGUCAGUUUGCCCUACAAGCGACCUUCUCCGACGCCAUCGUACAAGCGUGGAAGGGCAGAGAAGCUCCUCAAAGAACACGGUUCUCCGCCCACUCUUCGCGUCACGGCUGGUGGCCGCGUCGUUCCGAACGACGUGCCGGCACUUGGAAGUCCGCGCUACUCACAGAACUUGCUAGCUGGCUCGAACGCGUCCAGAACCGCGUCGCCUCCGCGCACAGCGCAAGCCGCUGUCAACAACAUUCCGCAUGGCACACUGGCGGGCGACAACCAGUACCAAUACCUCCACGGCCAGUGGAUGCCCUUGGUGAACUGGAACGGGAUCCCUCAGCUGUACAUGGAGCCCCCGAAUACCAUCCAGAUGCCGCCGCAGUUGCAGCCCAUGCCGUUCUACAACCAGGCGAUCCCUCCAUUUAUGUACCCGCAACAGCCGAUGGCGGCAGCACCACCGCAGCCACUCGGGGCGACAUAUCCGCAGAUGAACAUCAAGAACCUCCAGACCCCAGCGCUUGAGAGCAUGGACAUCGCAUCACAAAUCCGCCAUCUUGAAGCGGAAUACGAGAAGCACAACAACGACCACAAGGAGCUACUAAAGCAAGAAGUCCUUCAGCAAGAUCACUUGGACAGCACUGCUCGAGAGGCCAUUGUCAAGGAGAAGAGGAGCUACGUCACCCGCCUGGAUACAAUUCGUAAGAAUAUCAAGGCUCUGAAGGAGACUCAGGCCAGAGCGGCGGUAGGUAUCAUUGAUCCGAGUGCCAGCGGUCAGCCCUCUGCAGAACAACCGCUUUUCGCUCCCUUGCCGCCACGCGGACAUGCCAUGCCUCCUCAAGCCAGCUUGCCGGUUAGCGCGUUCCCGCUCACUGCAGAUGGGGUCGUGUCUCCCAUGGCCGCAACGUUUGGCGUGUCCAGCUUUUCGGAUGGGCCAGCAACUCAACCGCAAAUUGCAUCCCGCCUUCAACUCCAGAACGCCACUGCCUCUUUUCCACUAGUGUCAGCCGGUGGCAAGUUUAACCAUACGGGUGGCGUUUCUUUGCAGCCUCUCCAGGGCAGUGGCACGAUUUCCCGGUCUCCGAAAGCUCGACCACACGCACUCGAGAUCAAAGCUCCCACCGACUCAGCGAAACCGGGCCGUAGCUUGCGGUCCUCACUCAACCCCACCAGUCCCACGUAUGAGCCUCGCAACUCUUUGAGCCCGGAUGUCCAAUCGCCUGGCAUCUUCGUACCUCCAAGUCCUUCUCCAGUCGCCUCGCCACCUGCGAACAAGGCGCUACUGGAGAAGCACCCGUGGCUCUUUUCCCAUCACAAUGAGGUUACUGCACCAAAGCCAACGGAGACCCGCUCCAUCCACGAGCCUAGCAUCUCCAGUGUCUCGACAACGGACUUCUUCCCUGACAACCCAUAUGAUCAUUCUGCGAUCAAGUCUAAUGAGGGUCAGAAACCCGAUGGCCAGCGUCGAGUUAGCACCAGCACAUGCCGGACCGCGGAGGCCUCUGCGCCGAAUGGACAUCCGGUGACGCCUCAGAAAGGAUAUGGGCCUACUCCUUGGGACAAUCAGGUCAGCUCCAAGAGCCAGAAAAAAUUUCACUCCACUGCUCCGCCAGUCUCCCCGGCUGACACUAGGUCGCCGUCCUACUGCAAGGGGACGGAAGCUGAACACGAGCGACCUGCACAGCUCGCCAGACCCGAACUCCACCACUUUGGUAUGUCAGCUGAAACCGUUCCGUGGAGUACUGUUUCCGUCGCUGGCUCUAUUUCCACGCCCAGGGGCGAAAGUGGACAAUUCGGCUACGCUCAAGGACCGAACGGCCUUCUGGACUUUACGAGCAAAUCUAGCUCGUUCUUGGAUGGGUACAGUGCGGGACUGGCUGGCCUGCCGAUUGCAGACAGUUCAGACACUGAACUGCUCAGCGGAUACGUUGCCGGACUGCAGAAGGUCAAGUCAGCCAAUGCUCUGUCGCCGACCGAACCAGUCAGCACGGGCGUUCAGUCCCGGCAGGCAAGCUUUCCCAACGUCAAUCAUGCGCCGUCUUAUCAGGUGGGGGCUGCUCAUUUUCCAAUCCAUCCAUUCGCAGACCUCCGGCACCCAGCGCCAAUAGCCCCUGUCUCCACUGCUACUUUGGGGCUAAACAUCCACUCGAUGGGCAUCUCCCGCACUCCAACGCCUGGCGGCGUUUCCAUCAACGGGCUCUUCCCUGGCAUGGUCGAUGCUCUCCAGCCGACCCUCUCUGCCACAACCUUCAAGCCUCUACUGAGCCGCCAACAGUCUAACGCUUCCGUGCAUCUCGAGCAGGUAGCCAUCUCGAGCAGCCAGCAGACGAACAACACCAACAAGGCGAGCAAGAGCUUCCCAUGCUUGCCCUUUCCUAGAGCUUACUCGGGUAACCAGAUCCAGCCACAGGGUUCCGGCAGGAACAACGGCCCUUUCACUCGGCACUAUCAGGGCAAGAAGGUCUACGGUCAACACAGUGACGGAACUGCAAACUCCUCUGCCAACCCUAACGGCCACGGGCCUGUGGCAAGACCUUCUCAGUACGACGGCGCCAUGGACGACCUUGCUGAGAUGGUGCUGCCGGUUCGUCUGUCUCCGAGGCGCGAUAACGCGUCUCCAUCAGUCGCUACAGGCUCGCCGAAGAAGUCUCCAAAGAAGCGACACCCGGCCUCCCCUGGCAAGGCUUUUGACCCCCUUGUGAGGAUCAUCAAGGAUUCACCGUCGAAGGCAGGUUCUGCGGAAGGUUCCGAGCCGGAGAAGAAGGCGAAGCGGGAGAACACCAACACCGAGGAGAUGCCCGAGGUCGACCCAGCGAGGCUGAGUCGUGCAGAAAAGAAGUCGUGGAGGGAGAACUGGAAGAAGCGCUUCCAGGAGAUCAAGAGCAAGGAGCGCGAGGAGAUUGAGCAGUACAGGCGGGAGAAUCCUCUCGACAACUGA